UGUUGGAGGGUUUUUGUUUGUUUCUGUCUCCGUCUGUCACCCAGUAAAAGAAAAAAAAAAAGGCAAACAUCACAAGCAGAUGAAACAGAGUGAAGACACAACAGAUAAAGGAGAUAACCCUUAAUCAAACCAGAAACCACCAUUGUUGAUGGAUGAGAAAGCUUUCUAGCUUUUCUUUAGAGAAUCCUGUGUCCUUGAGAAGAAAAUACACUAGUCUCUUUUCAGUUUUCGUUAAGCUCUUGGCCGCUAAGACACAAUCACUUUGCUCAUCUCUUCGUCUCUUCUCUUUCUCUUGUCACUCGUUCUUGUUCUUGUUCGGGUGUUGUUGUCUGUGUCAACUGAGUGGAAGCUUUUCCUCUUUCUAUGGGUCUAAUCUCCUUUGGGUUAUGGAAGAUGCUUGGUUUUGAAGCUAUAUAACCUUUCUGGUGAAAUUUUCUGUUCGGUAAGCUGGGAAAUUUAGCGUGCAUGUCUUUUCCUUCAAGCUUGUAAUUUGUAAAGCUUCGACCUUUGAUUCAGUUUUCUUCUUACCCAUUUACCCUUUUAAUAAACGCUUCUCCCUUCGUUUUCUGUCCUUACCCCAUUAAAGUUCGAGCCUUUUAGGGUUCUGGGAAUUGAAUCAUAUAAAGCUUGGUCCUUUAGGGGUAAAUGCAUGGAUAGAAGAGAUGCAAUGGCGUUAUCCGGGUCGGGUUCUUACUAUAUCCAGAGAGGCAUAUCCGGUUCGGGUCCUCCGACACAACCGACGUUCCACGGAUCGCAAGGCGUUCACCCUUUGUCCAAUUCAAACUCUCCGUUCGGGUCAAACCCGGGAGGAUCCGCCGGGUUCGGGUCUCCUCCGUUGUCCGCUGAGCAUUCUCCGGCGGCGGUUCCGCCCCACGUCGGCAUGAAUAUGGUUGCUCCGCCGCCGGGCGAGGCGCCCGUGAAGCGGAAGAGAGGGCGGCCGAGGAAGUACGGACAAGACGGUUCUGUCUCGUUGGCAUUGUCUCCCUCUGUCUCGACGAUGACCCCAAACCCUAACAAACGCCGCCGUGGACGGCCUCCUGGCUCCGGCCGCAAGCAAAGGCUAGCUUCCAUAGGUGAAUUGAUGCCUUCGUCUUCAGGGAUGAGCUUCACACCCCAUGUCAUUACAGUUUCCGUAGGCGAAGACAUUGCAGCAAAGGUGUCAGCCUUCUCCCAGCAAGGUCCGAGGGCCAUUUGCAUCUUAUCUGCAAGUGGUGCCGUCUCUACUGCGACACUCCAUCAGUCUUCAUCUUCCCCAGCGACCAUCACAUACGAGGGCCGGUUCGAGAUCCUGUCUCUGUCUGCAUCUUAUCUGGUCACAAUCGACGGAAGCUACCGGAAUCGGGCUGGAAAUCUCUCGGUCUCGCUCGCUAGCCCAGAUGGACGCGUCAUUGGCGGUGGAAUCGGAGGAACGUUAUAUGCUUAUGGCAUGGCAUGGCAGGUGAUCGUGGGGAGCUUCAUAUGGGCGACAUCUAAGGUGAAGAGCAAGAAACGAGAAGACGAAGCUUCCGAGGUUGUCCAAGACACUGACGAUCAAGCCCUCGACAACAACACGGUCCCCCCCUUGCCACAGCCGAGCCAGAACAUCAUUCCGACAUCGGUAGGCAUGUGGUCCACUGGCUCACGUCCCAUGGACAUGCGCCAUGCCCACAUGGACAUUGACCUGAUGCGUGGAUGACAAAUGAAACAGCUCUCUUCUCUUUUUCCCCCCCUUCGUCCGUAUAUAUAAGCAUGGAAACUUUAGGAAGACGAGGAUGGAGAAGAACGACGAAUGAUAAAUCUAACCUCAAGACAGUACUGUGUUUGAACGUUAGGCUUGGACUCAUUUUUAGCUGACAGUUUCAUCAUUUCGGUUCCUCUGACUUGUGUCUGAACAGUGUUGUCUUUAUUGUUUUCAAUGUCGUCGGUUGGAUUCUGCAUGA